AGAUCACCUUCCUGCUGUCUAGCACAGCACUAAAAACUGUCAGUGAGGCUAGAGGGGGUAAGAAUUUACCAAAUCUGCGACUGUCCUGUCAAACAGCGGUGUUAAUGUCCAAAUCUGUGCUUCUGUGUUGUUAUAUACGUCACGCCUGACGGCUGAGGAGAACCCCCCCCCCCAGCAGCGUUCUCGUCCAAACUGUACAGGCCAAAAACAGUAUCUGAAGUAGAUCAAACAGUGGGCUGUGGUACAGCGAGCAAAUGGCGUUGAAAAGAAUCCAAAAGGAACUGACAGAUCUACAGAGAGAUCCUCCAGCCCAGUGUUCAGCAGGUCCAGUCGGAGAGGACUUGUUCCACUGGCAGGCAACAAUAAUGGGGCCGAAUGACAGUCCAUAUCAAGGAGGAGUUUUCUUCCUCACGAUUCACUUCCCAACAGACUACCCAUUUAAACCACCAAAGGUCGCGUUCACAACAAAAAUCUACCACCCUAACAUUAACAGUAACGGCAGCAUUUGUCUGGACAUCCUGCGGUCUCAGUGGUCACCUGCGCUCACGGUAUCUAAAGUCUUGUUGUCCAUCUGCUCCCUGUUAUGUGACCCGAACCCAGAUGACCCGCUGGUACCUGAGAUCGCACACACAUAUAAAGCAGACAGAGAAAAGUACAACAGACUAGCGAGAGAAUGGACGCAAAAGUACGCCAUGUGAGAGAGGGCCUGCGCCUGAACCGCUCCAGAAUCAAACGGACAGAGAAACGUGUUUUUACUUUGAACAAGAGGAGUAAACAUGAGUGAAUGUUGAGUGGAGGGAAACUAAAACAACAGACCCUUUGGCCAGAAGCAGAACGAGGAGGUGAGAGUCUCAGUCCUCCGUCAUGUGCCGUCGAUCUCACGAAUCAACCUGGAAUUAAAAAAAAAAACACAAACAAAACUCCAGGAAAACUGUCAAACCGGACAAACCUCGGGGUGCCACAAAACCCAGGAACUUAGACUUGUAGUUAGCUCUAUUAUUACUGUCAUUGUGGAUUUUUUCUCAGUGUUACUCUCGUCAUCACUGUGCUGUGCUUUGCUGAAUGAGGAAACGGUGGGCUGUUGGAAAGCUGGCACUGCGGACUCGAUGGAAAAUGUUGACUUUUUAAACAGUUUACGAAUGUAAAUGUAAAAAACUGAUGUAUUUUUGGGUGUUCGACGGAAUGUACACUGCAAAAACAAAUCGUGCUUAAGGUUUAGACUUGAUUCAAGUCUAAAUAUGUAAGAAUUUCCUAAAGAAGCAUUUUCUAGACUAGUUAAAAAUGUUGAGGGUGUCAAAAUUAAGUGAGGUUUUCCUUAAAACGAGCAUAAUAAUGUGCAAUCGGAGUGAGUAAAAUAUUUUUGUUUUCAGAUUAAAAUGUUUAGUUUAUUAUUAAGUUUGCUAAUUAAAUGUUUUAUAAUUUAUUAAGUUUAUUUCACCCCAUUGGCAGAUUAUUUAGCUCGUUUAAAGGAAAAACUCACUCAAUUUUGACGACUUGUGUCCGAAAACAAAACAGUAUCUUUUGCUAGUCUAGAAAAUGCUUCCUGCUUUAAGAAUGUGCAGAUAUUUGGACUUAAAAUGCGUAAGAAAGCAUUUAUUUAUUUAUUUUUGCAGUGUAUCGUUCGCCUUCCAACGUUCCCGCCGUUUCAGUGUUAUUCCAUAAAACACUAUGAAUGUGAUUUGGGAAACGGUUGUGUCUCUAAUGAGCUGGUGUGAUUUUGAUUUUGGAAAGAAAAUGAAGAAAAAAAAAUCAUAAAAAUAGUCUACAUAUUUGUGCAGUAAUAAAAAGAUAGACGGGUAACACCGUGUCCUAGCAAGAGUCGAUGCAAAUCUAGCAACUAGCAAUCAAAUCCUUUUUUUUUAAUGGAACACUCCACUUUUAACUCCCCUAGAGGUAAACAGUUGUGUUUUACCAUUUAUUUAAAUCAUUCAGCCAAUCUCCAGGUCUGGCGGAAGCACUUUUAGCUUAGCUUAGCAUAAAUCAUUGAAUCAGAUUAGACCAUUAGCAUCUCACUUAAAAAAGAUGUAUAUUAUGCAGUGCUGUUAGCUAGUUACCUAGCUGGGGAUUAUUUUCAUUCAUUCAUUAAUUAAUUCAUACAUUUUCCUUCGGCUUAAUCUCUGAUUUAUUAGAGGCCACCACAGCAGAAUGAACCGCCAACUAUUUCAGCAUGUUUUACGCAGCGGAUGCCCUUCCAGACACAACCCAGUACUGGAAAAGGAUUAUUUUCAUGUGCUGCUUAAUAUUAUUGUGCGUCUGUAGUAAUGCAACAGCAGCAAAGUUCGUUGAUUAUUUACUCUAGAAGGAGAGUUUAGUUGCUAGCCACAUCAGCCUAUAGCAGUUUUUAAUUUCCUGUCGGUCUUAGUGCACUACAAAAGAGUCAAACUUUAAGUAGGAAAAUUAUCACAACUCUUAUUUAAUUUUUUAUUUUUGUGAGAUGCUAAUGGUCUAAUCUGAUUCAAUGACCUAUGCUA